UAACCUAAUGAUACGUGUUUCGAUGAUACGGUAGCAUUUAUGUAACCCUCUUGUGUUUUGUUUUGGUGGAGAUCGAGAUAACUUUUUGCCGCGCCGAACAAUUAAUGCGAAGCAAGGCAAGGAAGAAGUAAAAUCUAUCUGGAAUGUACUCGUCAGCAGUAAUUUGGUAAGUUCGGUUCAACUUGUUAAAAGUUCUUCUGCUAAAUUAACAGGAAAUUGUUUUGUUUAACGGGACUUCCAACGCGGAAAUCGUUUUUUUGGGGCCCAUAUUUAUCACAGCAAGAAAGUCAUGCUCUAACACAUGUUGUUUUCUACAAAGGCCAUUCCCGCGCGAGCCUUAUUUACUUUACUCUGAAAUUAUGGCAAAUAAAGCGCUAAAGUCAAUUCUUCAGCAAUACAAAAGCGAUAAAAGUUUAAAAAGAUCAUGCUAAGUAGAAAUCCAAAUGUGCUGUUGACUCCAUGACCAGCAACAAUACGAGAUAUCAGCUUAAAAUGCUUGAUAGUCUUAAUCGUUAAAGCUAUCUUUGUUAUUCUCUUCAGGUAUCUUUUUGACAACGUCCUUCGGCUUCCAAAAGCGAAUUCAACUGAGAUUUUAGGGUAAACUUCUCAUUUAGCGCCAUUUUUACACCUUUAGCAUGCUGAGCUAAUUGUAACGAAAACAUUUAGGAGUCUUGUACCGUUAAUAUCUUGCGAUGAAAAUAGUGCAAAGCUAUUAAAUAUCGCAUUGGAUAAUGUGGGUAUCGUGAUUUCGACUUGUCAGCGCGAAGCAGUCUUCUUUAACUUGCUUUUAUGAGCUAAUUUACAUUUCUUACUUCGAUCUCUAAUGUUAAAAGGUUACUGUUCGCUUCAGGUGACCGGUUCAUCGUAAAAGUUCGCAGUAAACGUUUGUUCAUUGAGCAUAAGCGUAAUUGUUUAUUUAAUUGGCUUAAUGCGAAAGCAGCCUGCCAUCGUGGCGACCUCUAGAAGGAUCAUGAGGAGAAAUAUCUCUGCAGCAUAUUUUGAAAUUUGAGCCAGCUGCCGCAAAUUUUUCCAUGCGGCCUUUUCCUACCAAACUUUUUUUACUUUUGCCUGAAACAUUUCCUGAGCAUUUUACUUAUAUGAGGUGAUAAUUACUUGGCAGUUAUUCAAUUGAAAACUAUUUUUACAAUUAAACAAUAGCACAUCUUCAGAGGUGAUUUUUUUUCAAUACAGUCGGUCAAUAGGAAAAUAACACUUAGAUAUUUGUCUUCUGCCCAGAUCUGAUAAGCCUAAGUAGUCAAGGCUGUACAUGUGCUGUACACUAAGAAAAAUUAAAGGGAGCCCAGUGCCCUGAACCUGUGAAAUCAGGGUGUGCAGCAUGAUUUUGUUGAAAAAACUAAGAUUUGCUUGUCCUUAAGUCACUCCGCAAGAACAAAAAUAAGGUGUACACAGGGGUCAUUGGGCACUGCUAGAGCACAUCCUUGCUUAGUUAGCACAAAUUCAUGUAUCAAAGUCAAGAGAUCCCUUACCUCAGUGAAUGUAACAGUAUGGUGGUCUUUGACAAAUAUCAAGACAGAUAACUUGAAAACAGCUGGGUAGUGGAAAAUGGAGAAGAGUCUUGAGACUUGAAACGUAAAUUGAAAGCAGGAUAUAUUAUUGCGGAGGCAGGGCUCGAAAAAAUCCUGUCCAUAUGGAAUUUCGAGCCCUGUUUAGGGUGAACCUGUUGCUAACCCUUUGAAAAAUACUGUUUAAGAGGUAGCUGGAAGGGAAGCCAUUUUUUUUUUUUUUUUAAAAAUGGCAAAAUACAGUAACUAUAAGUCACGUGCAAAGGGGCAGGGGGAAAAGAGUGAGAGUGGUGUGGCUGACCUCGGUUAUAUGUAUUAUUUUUUGAGAGGUAAAUCAUUCAAGGUUUUCUCAGGUAAAGGAAAUCCCCCUUAAUUAAUAUACUAAUUCUUUGACAAUUAUCAGAAAAAAGGUUCACACCCUAUAAUGGCAGAUGUUAGAUUUUAUAACACGUCGUUCUUUGUUGAUAAAUUAUUAAUAGAUAAUACAUGAGUUAUUAUUAGAUUUUGGUAAUAUUUUACUUGUUUUAGAGAAGACGCCAAGCUCCUGUAUAAUCCUCGCUGAGCGACUGAAUUCUUUAACAUGAAGCAAAUGACUGAGAUUGCAUGACACUGAAGAACAUUGGAGCGAAUGUUCAAAAAGAGUAAUGCAGGGGAUCAGCUUCUCCUUGCCAUCAAGCUCAACAAAGUCUCUGAAAUUUCUCGGCUGGUUGCUCUUGGUGUCAAUGUGAACUCACGGAUAGAUAGGGUGGGUUAAUCUGCCCCCAACCCCAUUAACUUAGAGAGUGCACUUCGUUGGACAGGUUUCUGUGCAGCGCCGGCCAGUUGCAUAAAUCUUAAAGUCUGACAUAAAUGAUUGUCUGAUGUUAACCCCUUGCCUACCAAAUUGCAUAUACAUGUCCUGUGUGUGCUCACUCAGCAACAAAGGAGGUUUAUAUAGUUUUAUUAUGUCCUCAGACAAAUGAAAUCACCAAAAGUCUGGUCAUGAUAUAUAUGAAGUCAUUCUAAGUUGCCUUGAAUAAAAUAAUGAAGCCCGGUCUUUCAUAAUGACUGCUGGUUGCGGGGGGUAUUUGUGUCGGCUCCGGCAAGGCACAGAUGGUGGGGUUACAUCCAGUCAUAUAGUCAUUAUUUUGAACACUAGAUGUUCAGGUGUGACAAUUUAGCGCUGUGUGAUAGCCUGUGGGGCUAGUGGAAUGACCCAUAGGGCUAGCAUGUAUGAUCUUUUAAUUUCAACUAGGUAUCCAACAGGCAAACAACAUUUUGCAAGAUACAGUUUACUUAAUGUUUGCUAAAGAGGGGGGUUGUUAGACAUUUACAACUGUUUCAGACUCAAGAAAACUUUGAGCAACCUUGAUGUUAGUAAAACUUUACAUCUGACAUCUCAUUUUAUGCAACUAGCACCAGGUGCACUGCUCCACCCUUAUUCAUGGCUAAUUUUGUUCUAAGCUAUCAGUUGGUCGGUAUAUUGAAUCAGAUAAAAGAUAUUGUCUAUUUCCUUUUCAUCCUGCAGAAUGGCAAGACAGCUCUUCACUAUGCAGCUUACAAAGGUCUGCUGGCUUCUGUGAAGGCUCUAAUAGAAGCAGGAGCUGACUUGGACAUAACAGAUGAGGUACAAAUUAGUUGACUGAUUGUGCUUAUAAGUGCGAGACAGUCAGCUAUAUCAAGGACCCCUUAUAAGUGAUUAGCAUGUUGCUCUGUAGUCCCUGGAUGAUGGAGCUGCAAAUCCCCUUGCAUUUAUACCAUUUUAAUGGAAAUGAGUAACAUUAAAAUUUGAGUACCGGUAACGAGAUUUAUUAGGCAGUUUUGAAUAUUGUGGUGACAAUUUAAUAAUUCUGUAAUUUGUUAAUUUCUUUCAAUAAUUUAUAAACUGAUAUUGUGCAAAAAUAUACCAACAGUUGAUAAAAAAUAUAUUUAAUAGUUUUCUGUAAUUAACUUUAUAUGCAGAAUGGAGUGACAGCUCUUCAUCGGGCUGCAAUUGAUGGCCAUGCAGAUGUGGCUCGUGCUUUGUUGGACGGUGGUUGUUCCAUGGACAAGAAAGAUGAGGUAAUCAUAGUGGCUAUAAAGACCCCAGCAGGGGUGGCGAUGUUGGAUAUGGUUUAUUUUUAAAGAGUGUUGCAACACUGCAUGAACAGAGAAUUGGUUUCUCUGUAGCAGUUUUCUUAAUCUAAUUUAGUGUCUGCUCAACAUGGCUCAAAAUAAUGGCUGGUCCACGGACAAUUUCUGGCCAAAAUGACCCUUUGUCUGAACAAACUUUCAGUUGAUUGGUCCUUUUGACUGGUCAAGUGUACGGCUUUCAAAUAAAUAACUAAAAAAAUAAAUUUAUUCAUAUUAAUUCUGGAAAUUACAAAAACGAUUACAUUAACAAAUGUUUAAGCUGCUUGCAAUAAAAAAGUUGGAAAAUACAGAUAAGUCGUUCUACGGCGGCUUUGUGAAAACCACUGAGUGGUUUUCUAAAAUAAAACAGAAACUUCUAUGUCUGCAAGUACAAAGAGAUAUUUUUUGUCUUAAUUAGCAAUACCCUUAAAAUAAUAAUAUUUUCUAAGGGUAUUUUCAGCUGUCAGAAAUGAGCCAUGUCAAUAUGACUGGCCAAUGUUGAAAUACUAUUUUGAGCCCUGCUCAAUAGAGGGAGAAUUCACACUGUUUCAAACUUCAUUGAUCUUAUUUGCUUUCAUUUAAUUUGUCAAAUGUUGGUGCAGUUUUCUGGGGUUGCAUCUGAAAGGACCGUAUCUAAGUUUAGAAAAAGAAAAAGGAAAUUGUUGUGUUGUGUCCACUUAGUACCUCAGAAAGUGGGCUGCAGGAAAUUAGGAAAUUUCAUGUCGCAGUCAUGCAACGAUGGUUGAGAAAUGUAGAAAAUAGUGUCAUGCACAUGCAAAGUUGUUCUUUUGCUAAUGUAAACCUAUUUCUUUGUGCUGUUCUCAUUGGUAUUGCUGCUGUCAUUGCUAAAACUCCCUAUUUUUGUGUUCCAGAAAUUUUGCCACUCAUCGUAAUGUACUGACAUCACACUUCUCCUCUCUAUUCGGCACUUUAAAAACGAGAAGAUAACUGGGUUUAGUAAGCUUUCACAAAGACUUCUGGGAUUGUUACAGGGGACGGGCCAGUCAGUUAUUGGCCAAUCUGUUUGCACUCACAGUCCGCUGCAGUAACAGUCGCAGAAACUCUUUGUGAAAGUUAAAUCGACCCAGUUUUGUUCUCGCUUCUAACAUUGUAAGUGGCGACUGUAAGCAAUACAGAUGUAGUGUGCUUACUUUUAAGUACACAACAAUUAUUGUCAUGUAUUUUCCACAUUGUAACAAUAGCUGUUUAUCAAUAUAGAACUAACAUGUCAUGUUAAGGUAGACUAGUGCCAAGAGUCACACUUUCUUUUACUUUACUACAUUCCAAAUAGCUCUGUCUGAUCCUCUUUUGAAGCAGUGAUCUCUCUUGUUGCUGUAGUUAGCAGGGUUUUCAUUAGAAUAUUGUGAAAGAGGCUUCUCGUCUGAAUGAUAAAUAGUUAUAAGCUACCGAAUGUUAGUCAGAGAAUUCUGCAAAGUAAACGGAGAAUUCUCCGAUCUCUGAUACCUAUUGAAUACCCUGAUUUAGCGUCCUCAUGCAUACUCCUCCUUUGUGUGACAGUUUAUUACAGUGAAGAAGGCUGCGAGGGAAACUAAAGUUGCUAUUGUGGACAGGCUAGACUGUAAAUCUAUGUAUUUUCUUUUUUUUUUCCUUCCUCAGAAUGGAAACACACCUCUUCAUGAGGCUGCCUGGAAUGGUUACAGUAAAUGUGUCACACUUCUGGUGAAUGCAAAAUGUAACGUGAACCUUCAUAAUCGGGUAAGAUAGCUUCUAACACAGUAUUUAGUAAUAAAAAAGGCUGUACAAAGUAAUUAAGUAGUACAUGUAAGUCCGAGAGAGACAAAUUUAUUGACCUUGUUAAUUUUAAGGGACUUGUCAGUUUAUGGUGUUCAGGCAGUGCCAGAUCCAGACCUAGAGAGAACAGGGGAGAAGGGGGGAAACAGUCUCCCCAAAAAAUUUUUGGGCCCUUCGAACCUCAGUUGGGUCCAAAAAUAAGGGGGGGGGGGCAGGCCCCCUGGACCCUCCCCUGGAUCUGCCACUAUCAGGUUGUUGCAAAGACUGAGCCAUAUGUGGGGAUGGUCCUCAUUUUGUAAUUUGUUGCAUCAGUGUUUUUUUGUGUACCCUCAAGGUGUUCACUCAGAAUUCUGUGAUGCAUGGUCUAGAUUGGCUGGACUAAUCUACUAUGUCUUGUUCUUUGAGUUGGUUGAGGCAUUAUUUUUGGGAUGGGAACUUUUAUCCUGAUUUUUAGAUGGUGGGCAAGGCAGCUUGCCCAUUAACCCCCUCCCCUCCCCUCUCCAGUGGUCCCAAACUUUUCAGGAUCAGGUUAAGGACACUUUAUACAUAUAAAACAUGAGGGUAGCGAAUGUUGUUGCAUUUUAUGGAUUGUAGAAAACUCAAGCUGCACUUGCAAAUUGAAGCAUUCAUUAGUUUAAUCCACUUUUUGUUGAUGACGGGACAUCACAGAAAUUACACAAAUGUUAUGAUAUUUAGCGAAAUGGUUUUUUAGUUGAACUGUUUUUCUAUACUAUCUCUGAAUAAUUUUUACACCUUUUCCACGCCUCUUUGAUUGAGAAGCAAACAAAUAAACGUACAGACUACCAUUAUUAUACGUGUUUUAACCCUUUAAUCCCUAAGAUCAAAAUUUGAAUUCUCAUUUGUUGCCCCUAUUCAUUUUCUACAGAAGUAGUGGGGAGAAGUUGAUAAAAUAUCAAUCACAUCUUGUGUGGUCAUGUCCGUAAUCCUCAUGACCACCCUGCUUUACGAAUCAUUGAUAUUACAAGGAGAAAUUUGAUGCCGAUCACUCUUAGGGCUUUUUAAGGGUUAAAAACGAUCCCUUUUCAUAUUCAGCCAAUGUAUUCAUCUGUUCUUAUGCUUGUAAAAUAGCUAUCAUUUCAAGAAAUUUUCGUCUGCAAAAGUGUAGAGUUAUGAACAGUUAAAGGGCAAAGGUUUCCACUACGAAAUUUUAUUGGGUGUGUUUUUCCUCAGUCUUAGGCUUGUAAACGUUUAACUGAUAUCAACUGAAUCUAAUUUUCCUUCCAGACAGGUUACACGAGUCUUCAUCUUGCUGCACAAAACUGUCACUGCAAAUCUUUGGAACUGUUGUUAAAAGGCGGAGCUAAUCCAGUAGCAAAGAAUAACGUAUGUCUGUUUUACAAGUUUAAUUGCUCUUUUAUCAGAUCUUAUUUGUUGGUUUUACGCGGGUGUAAUAAAUUAACCGUGAAAGCCAUGCUGUUUGUGUUUGUGAUGUUACACGGAACGAUUCGCAACGACGAUGUUUUAAUAGCGCGACACAGCAGUACAACAUUGAUGCGACUUUGUUUCGAAUGGUUGCAACAUUGUUGCAGAAUUGCAACGCUGUGUUGCGCUAAAAAUCGUUGUUGCGAGUCGUCUCGUUUAACAUCAUCUUAAACUGUUGCAUUUUUAUUUCGCUGAAUAGUAUGGCGACACUUCACUGCAUAUUGCAGCUCGAUAUGGACACAAAGAGGCUUGUAAAAUUCUGCUGGAAACCGCGGAGACCAACAUCUCUGAACAAAACAACGUAAGUUUUACUUAAUUAGCUCUUCGUAACCACCCAAUAGCCAAGUUAGAUUCAAUAUUUCGGGGGCCAAACAAUCAGCAAGCCAGCGAGCCAUGCCGUCGUGCGAGCGAUGUGAAAGAUAAAGUUUUGUGAAAUUGCAAAUACAUAAAAAAAGGUUUCCUGUCUAGUUCUCUAUACUAUGGGUACGUGGGUACGUGAGGUUUUGCUUCUGGAAUAUUUUUAGACUUACGUAGUAUUGGUCGAUUUUCAUGGACUACAAUUAAGCAUUCAUUUUUUUAUGGAUUACUUCAGCGCUGUUUAGGGCUAAACACUUAUUUACCAUGGUUAGCUUUCAGUAAAUGUUUUCCGUGUUUCGAUUGUUUUUAAAAAAAUUUCGCAUGGCUCACUGGCUCGCACUGUGUCCCAACCCAUUAUUUUUGCGGCGACUUUUCACGGAGAGAAUUUUUACAGAAAUUCUAGUGACGUUUGUUGACAGAUUGAAUUACCUGGUACCACAGUUGCCAUGAAUCCAACCAAGACACAACCUUCAAUCUGUUUCUUUUGCAAAACAUUUCUAAGUGGCUGAGAGUUGUUUUCACUGUAAAUUUAUGUUUUUUUAAAAAAAAUUAGGAUGGGAACACUGCACUUCACAUAGCGGCGGGGAUGAGACACGAGAAAAUCGUUGAAAUGUUGGUGAAGGCUGGAUGUUCUGUUACAACGAGAAAUAAUGUAAGUUUAUUGUAAACCUUAUUACAUGAAAUUUCCGCGACACUUUCAGGAGCGUAGCGUCCAUUUACGCACAUAGCCAGGGCGUACAUGUGCAGCUGAAAUAUAGAAAAAUUAUACAUUUUUUACUUCCUGAAAAAGCCUUUUUCAAUCAUUAAAUCGGGAUGACUGAUACAUUUUUUGCACUUAAUUGGUGUCUUUGUGUUAAUAUUCCUUUUAUUGUUCCAUAUUCUGAUGGCGUCACUGGCCUUUUUUUUUCCGUAAACUUUGUACCUUACCGACAACCGUCUAAAGAUGGGAUGCAUUUUCCUGCGUAUUAAUUUACUGAAAGUGUCCUGCAGAAAGCGCUGGAAAUGGCAUUUCCGUGACCCUAAAUUGAGAAAUUUUCUUGGGUGCAUACCCCCAGACCUCGUAGGUUGGGCCGAUUUUGGCGCUACAACUUUUUUUCCUCGCGUGCGUACACCUUCAAAAUCUCACGUUACGCUCCUGACUUUUAUUUCGUUAUUUGUGUAAAUAUCUUGAUCUUAGUAAUAAAUUCAUCCUGUCUUUGAUUAUGGACAUAUUCUGAGUCACUUAAUUUUUUUUAGCGCCAUGCUAUGUUCGCAACACUUAUUGUUCUUGUCACUUUAAAUUAUAAUUUCGCGAUUUUUUUAAAAUGCGAAAUUCGAGAAUUAACAUGUCGUGAAAUUUUCAUGUUAUAAGCAUAUUUGCAGUCUUAUGACGCAUCUUAAUGCCAGGGACAUGUUGACGGCAUUGUUCCCAGGUUUGCAUGUAUUCUAACAAAACAACAUGGCAUCCGCGGUCGGAAACACCUCUUGAAAACCCUUGGAAACGCCAUUACCGAGACUCUAAUUUUCAAAACGUCCCUAGAUGCCUCGGCCCUCAAGAACUUGUGCCUUUGGUGCGAGCUCCAAAGCCGCCUACUAUUCAUUAUCAGACUGCUACUUAAAUACUUUUUGACAGCCCUGACUAACCAAGUAUAUUUUUUUAUGUUUCUACUAGAUUGGCGACACUGCUACGGAUAUAGCCAUACAGAAUGGUUUUAAAAAGACUGCAAAGUUGUUAACUCCAGCCAGUGGUGAAUCAUGGAAGGUAAGCUGCAUAACCUACUAAACCUUGCAAAUGUCUUGAGUUGUUAACACAGUACAUGUACCAGUGUCGGCCAUUACUAUAGCGAGCCUUUCACUUCAACGCGCAUGAGCAGAGAACCAUUCAUAACGCGGAUUAGACUGACACACACAGGGCGCCCAACGCCAACGUAGAAGCGCACUUAGGAUUCUCAAGAUGUUGGGUUUAGUUCAAGAUUACUUGCGGUCGUCAACAUUCUGCUUUGUGGUGAAGUCUAACUAAGUUUAUUAUUUACGUCUUUUAAAAGCUGCUUUUCUCAGAGGAUGCUUCCUUUUUUUCAAGCUUGCCUUAACAAGGACGCAGCAUCUGAGGGUUAUUGAUGGUGCCAUUACAAUAUGUAAAUUUGUAGAGCUUUAGAACCAUCUGUGCUGAUAUUGGUCGUAUUCACACCAGAGACGGUCCGUCUGGGACGGGUUGUCCGUUGGAUAAUUCGCGUCAGACAGAUAAUACGUCAUGAUUUGAUAAUUUUGGAGGGACAAUCCGCCAGACUUUAUCCACCUGUUUUUCCGUCGAUUCUGACCGAUUUUGAAGAUGGAUUAUCCGUCUCAGACAUAUAUAAUCCGUCACUAGUGUGACGGUGUACGUAGCUCGCUACGCUGAAACUAAAUCAUAUUCAUAUAGGUCUCGUUUGGUAGUUUUUCAGAAAGGGAAGAAAGGAGAGGCCUCGUAGUGCUGAGGUGUCCAGUAUGUAUGUUGAGUCUUUAGACUCCACACAAGCUACAACUGCAACUCAGUUAUGGAUACCCAAACCAAUGUCCCUGGACCAUGACCCCAAGGUGAGUAAACAGAAGGUUAAUUGACCUCGAUCCCCACCCCCACCCCCCAAGUAAGUAUGCUUUCACGUAACUGUAGCUUCAGCCUCUCUUCAUUUGUAAAUUAAAACAAUUUAUUCAUUAUAAUCUUGGGAUAUCAUGAUCAAAGUGAAGUAAUAGUGAAUUGAAAUAUAUGAAAGGAAUUAUAUAUUUUAUUCCAUGUCAUUUCCACCAUCGGAUAUAUUAGGAACUCACAAUGGCUUGCUCUCUAGUUGGCUUGAUUAGCUUAAUGGAUAGAACGUUGCGUCCGGUCAUUGGAAAAGGUCAGGGAUCGAUUCCCGGUCAAUCCUGAAAUUUUUUCAGGUUCUUUUUUAACCGUUUAGGGUGUCCAUUCUACUACUAAGAUCAUGUUCGCUAUCAUUUGAAGUAGUAGUAGUAUCCCAUCCAAUCCAUCAUAAUUACCAUGUAACAUCCCAUCCCAUCCAGUCUGCAUUUAGCCGUCCGUUCACUCCCCUAGCCUCUGAAGGGGGUGAAAACUUUCCCUCUUAAUUUUAGGAAAAGGUUAAGCGUUAACCGGAUGGGUUGCCUCGCUGUCGCUCUUGCAUAAUUAAAUUUUAUUGGCGAAGCGGAAAAACCAUAAUAUUCUUUAAACUGCCGUCUGUUUAGUGCUUUAUGUAAACCUAUAACUUUUUUCUUUGCAUGAACUGCACGUACAGUGUAUGCAAAUUUCAGGGGCACCCAACGAGAAUAUAGUUCAAAAUCCCUUAAACAUAGCAUUGUUAAACGUAUUUUAGUAUUAAAACGGUAGAUAUAGGCAUAUUUUUAUCCCCUAAAAUUUUUCAUCUGUUCGGAUUUCCCAGCUGAAAGUCUAGUGAUUCGAAAAUUAUAGGGAUCAAAACUUACCUUUUCGAAAAUUUCAGCCAGAAAAAAGGCUCUCGAAAAUUGUAGGUGACCCUUUUAGGGUAAAAAUCGGUUAAAAAUGGGCAAUUAUACCAUUUUUUAGAUGUUCGAAAAUCCUAGGAGAGGAAGACAAGCAAGAAAUUUUGGAAAAAAUGUUCCGAAAAUUCUAGAUCUCAAAUCGUCUUCCGAACAGAUAUUUUCCGAAAAUUGUCGUUGGGUGCCCCUGAAAUUUACAGGAAGCUGGUAUUCCACAUGCAAAUCGUGCAAAAGAUAUUGCAAAAGUCAAAUUUAUGUGAAGCACUACCCAAACGGGAACUUCAAGAAUAUUAUGGUAUUUUUCGCUUUGGCCAACGUGGAGCUGUACAAACUUACAUCAACGUUACCAUGUCCUGUUUUAGAAAUUGCCGCCGAAACGAGAAGCUGACAGCCAGUUUGAAGGUCGGGGAAAAAAGAAAGGUGAAGGGAAAUUACAAUACAAGGUGCUGACCAUCAAGCCAAAUGAGAUGUGUUCGAUUGAGAGAGAAUACAGCGCUUUUCUGAAGAAAAAACAGUCAACACUGAGACGAUCUUACAAGAGUGAUAAGAGCCAUUCCAGAAGCACUCUGAAGUCACAGGUAGUCAGAAUUUGUCUAUUAAAACAGUGAGAACAAUGUUUAGCAAUUCGCAGCAUAUCUCCUACUUUUACUUUCUUCCUUUCAGGACGAAAUGCGCCGUUCUGAUCCUGGCUUUUAUGUGGAAUCGAAGAGUCCUCAUACACGUCAUGUCAGAGAAAGUAAAAAGAAAACACUAAGGUAAAUUAAAGGAUAAAAAAGUUUGCGGAUCAGAAAACUGUUGUUCUAAACAUUCGAUUUCCGUUUGUAUCUUUUGAUGACCAAUGAAAAAAAAAACAUCAAGGAACUCCUUUAUAUUGCAGGAAAUCUUUCUGCGUUUCAAUAAAAGCGGAGUAGUUUUUGUAGACUACCAGAAGCUGCCUCUUAAGCCCCGUACAAACGGACGCAACAUUAGCGAGCUCAAGCAACAACGACGGGGACGGCUACGAAAACGUCAGUUAAAAGGUGAUAUCGGGCUGCUUCAGACUUAAUGGCGCUCAUUCCAUCUCGUUGAAUUCGUCAAAUGUUGGCAAUUUUUCUGGGGUUGAAUUCUAAAGGUCUGUAUCAAAGUUAAGGAAAAGAAAAGCAAAGUCGAUGUCUUUUGUUCACGUGCGCCACAGAACGUGAAAUUAGGCAUUUUCACAUCGUUGGCGUGCUGUGACUGCACAGAAAUGUACAAAAAAGCGUGACGCUCAUGCAAAGUUGUUGUUUUGCCAAUCUAAGCCACCUGCUUUUUUGCCGUCCUCGUUGACGUCGCCGUCGUCGUUGCUUAAACCCCCGAUUGUUGGUCAACAACUCCCGACAUUAUUAGAUGUUACAUGUUGCGUCCGUUUGCACACCCUGUUGCAUAUUGUUGCUUGUUGUUGGGAGGAGUUGCUGCGCAAAGUUUGAACCCGGUCAAAGUUUUAGCUACGUGCAAACGGACGUAACAACCCCCAACAUUGUUGGGCCAAAAAUGCCAACAAUGUUCGGAGUCGUUUGUACGUAGCUUUAUAACGCCCCAGUUAUUGGCCCAUCUGCCGGUAAACAAAAAAGUGCAUCCGAUUAUUAGCCCCACCCCCUAGAGCUUGUCUUUUCUUGAAUUCGAUUUAUUAUAUGACGUUUUUGUAGCUUUGUUUGAAGCGAGUGAAUGCAAAACGUUUUUUUAAUCAGCACGGCUGCUAUAGCUUGUUUCGAAGUGUUUUUUUCAUAGUAUUCCGGUUGUAAGUUCCUCCUCUUCUGAGCCCUUGUAAGCCCUUACGAAGAUGUAUAAGCCCAGGGCUUAUAAUCACUAGUUUACGGUAAUCACUUGACGGUAAUUCAGUCCGCCACAACUAUUAAGCUUAGCAAAAGUGGCAUACAUAGUAGAUAAAAGCUUUAUUUUAAGUCGAAUUUUAGGGAUGCUGCUGAGUUUAUUAUCUCCGAGCACAAUCAAUUGAGGAACAUUGAAUAAAGUAAGACCAUUAAAGGCUGUUAAAAGUGACGCAUCAUCAUCGAGUUUAAAAAUGUGUGAUAAUAGCUGUUGUCUAAAUUCCUUAAAAAUCUACAAUUGCCCUUAAAUUAUUGGUCAGGAAUUUCCAAUAUGUUGCGGCUGCUGAAUGAGUUAAAGAAUGUUGGCCAUACGAUGUGGUAGCCCGUUAAAGAAGUAUUAUUCUGCGCGGCGUAUGCGUUUCGGGUCACGUGGUCCGAGCUGUCGUUCGUCUUGGCUACGUCACCGAAAUGCAUUGAACGGGAAGGCCUGGGAGGACACCGUAGAGGGACUAGGCAAGGAAAAAAUUAGGUUCUGGAUAGUUGCUGAGGUAGAGGCUUUUAAAAAUACAUAGCGCUAUGCUUUGACAAAAAGGCCGAUUAUAUCUGAUCAAACUCAGUUAUUUCAGUGAUUGAGCGCAAAUUUGAAAAUCGAAGACUUUUUCUGAAACUACAGUAAAUAAAAUGUGGACAAACUUGCUGUAGUUUGAACUCUCCUUGGAAACUCAGUUGUUGGUGCUUGGAAUGGAUACUCCUGAAAUAUUCCUUAAAUUUUAUUACCAAAAAACCAGCACGAACCAUUGUCUCGUCAUCGCAUUAAUUUUCCCUGUCUUCGGAUUACUGUGCUGAACAACGAGAUCGACUACAGUGGAACCUCGAUAUAACGAACCUCUAUAUAACGAAGUUGUCGAUAUAACGAACUAUUUUCUUGACCCCAGUAACAGUAAAAUAUAUGAAAGAGAACCUCGAUGUAACGAAACCUCGAUACAGCGAACAAAUUUUGCCAGUCCCUUGGUCCUUCGUUAUAUCGAGGUUUAACUGUACGUGAAAAUGUUAACUCCCCCCAGGCCUCCCGUGUGGUGAACCAACUUCAGACGUGUGUGGUCUGCUUCCUGCUUCCGAAUGACCAAGAAGCACAGCGGGAAAACUUGGAAUAGAAUGCCUUGACAUAAAUAUUUCAUUUAAUGUUGUCAAACGUUGUGGAUAACUUUCGUUGUGCUGUUUUGCAAAGCUUGAGGCGACUUUCUCUUGUACUUCACCAAGUUUUUUCUCCAAAUCAUUAAAAUGGCAACAUGUAAACACAAGAUGAAGAUUCAUCCAGCAGUUGUUAAUCUCAGUUUAGAUUGGUCGUUCUAUACCUCCACGUGCUCGUGAUUUUUUCAUUGACUCAUAUAAUCCAGUCCCUACCUUUCUUGUGUUGCACUGAACGAAGUUAACUGGUAUUUUCAGUUUGUAUUCCACUCGGUAAAAAACAUACCUCCACCGUAUCGGUGAUGCCGAAAACAAUGGGUGUAUGAAGGGACAGGAAAUGAAUAGUUAUUACUUGAUCGAUAUCGCUUAAAAAACUUGUUUGUAAGUGUGAUUAAGAUCUUUGAAGAUACCGCAGUAUGCCAUAGGGGUCGGCUUUUGAAGAAGAACGCUAGCAAACCAUAGUAGAAUAAAUCGAUUUCACCAAAAUAUAAAACAACUUGAGCGACUGAUUAAUUAGCAGUAAUGCCUCGUAGCGUGAUACUACGCGACAAAGUCAUUUUUGAAGGCGUGAAGUAUUUGCUCUACAAUUUACAAGAGAUUAACUUUUCAACGCGUUCAUGAAUGAUUUUUAAUCGCUUCCGAUUUUAAUAUGCUGUGAAAUCAUUUGUGAAAGCACACCUUUUGUUUUCCUAAAUGCAAAUUCUUAUUGGAGUUCCUGUCAAUUCAAGAGCUUUGUUUUUUCCUUUUCUCGACUGCCACAAACAAAAGUCCCUCAAGGUUACAUAAUUGUAGGAUCUAUGAACCAUAGACAAUCUUGUGGUUUCAUCAAAUUAAAUGGAACUGAAUUGAAUUAAAUCCCUCAAAAAUGCUUUUUGCUAGCUUUGUUUUACCAAAACCACUGACACUGACAACACGUUCAGACAUGUAACCAUGUGAAUUUAGUUUUCCCAUUAAAGAAGCUGGCACCUUGGAAAACCUGAGUCGUAUAACAUUCGUCCACUACAAUGACUGUCGAGUUGCAUGGUGGAUGAAAUCCUUCAGAGUGUUGGAAUAGCACUUUCCUAUCCCACUGUUUGCUUUUCCUUUUUUCACCAAAAAAUGAGAUGUUACUUGAAUUAUAAUUUUGGACAGCCAUUGGAAAGAAAAAGAGCCUGUCCGAGCCAAAGUAUUUAGGGCUGUUUUAGUCAGCUGGAGAGCCCCAUUUUCAUGUUAUUCAGCUUGCAGUUAGAGUAUAGCCUGAAAGCUUUUGUGAGUAUAUUUGCUAAGAGCUUUAUGGGCGGUCCUUUGUGUAAUGUAUUGUAAUUGUUCUAUGGACUAUGAACAGGCCAAAUUUGCAUUCGCACGAGAAGCUAUACUACACAGAUAACCCUCGCGUCAAUGCUUCAUUGGCGCGCGCGAAGUAGUUUAUCUUAUAACAGAAAGCCUAUGCAACGUUAUCUUAACGACAGUCAAGCUUUUCUUAGUACGGAAUUUGAUAAUCGACGUCUUCGGAAUGUCGAGAAAGGCUGUGAAUCCAUGGGUCUGCACUAUGAGCAGGUCAGUAUAAACAGUUAGUCAUCUAACAACGAUGUGGUUUACUUACCCCCUUUUGACCUCUGGUGUCUGAAUUUUUUAUCGCUUAUAAUCGAUGUUUUAUCCCUGAAUUCAAGUUCUUUCGUGUAGUUUUACCACUGAAAGUUUUCGUGUGCGAGACUGUCUGUGUUGGCAUGUUUUAGAGGAGGUCUGUAAGGCCUUAUUUGCCCCCUUUGGCGAAAAGAGUGAGAUGUUUAUAUGUUUACUAUCAACCUUCGCUCUGUCCGUCUUUUUUUUUCUGAAUUAUUUCCUCUUUUUGUUACGGCUUACUUGUCAUCUGUGUUCUAAACCGAUAUUUCGCAACUUCGUGUGCUUAAACGGCUUUAAAACCGAUAGUGAAGAAACAGACAUGCCGCUUCGUUUCAUUUAGGCGAACACAUCCGGCGAAGGAUUAAAAAUAAUACUUCUUUCUUUACAACUGUAUUUUACCGUUUCGUUAUUAAUAAGUUUCUCUGUUGCAAAGGUGUGUAUAUUUUAGAAGCGUGUAAAUUAUACAAGUGUUCGUACGUAUCCUUUUGGUGAGAUUUUCUUCAAGUAGGAUUCGAUUAUAAGUAUAUUAUUGUCUGUGUACUCGCAUGUAACGAGGUGCCAAGAAUGAAAUGUAAAGUUAAAAUACGUGUCUGUAGUCUUAUUUGCUGAUUAUGGGCUUUUUCUAAAUCCAAACCGUACGUUUGCCGUUAUUUGAACUCUAACUGAGAAGAGUGGCAUAUUUAUGCGAUAUCGCUUCAGAUGUCUAACAGAGUGCUCUAUGACAACAACUAUGCUGAUGGAAAAACAAAAAUAGAAUUCGUUAAAAAUUUUUUUCAUUUUCUUGUUAGUUUUUAGUGAACGGCUUGUAUAUGUUUCGUUUCAUUUAAACCAUUCGAUGAACGAGGAACUUUGCGAGAACUCGAUUUACAUCAGAAUUUUAUGAGUUACAGUGUAUCCUCUCUUGAUUGUAUUUGAGAAGAAUUUUGAUUAAUUCAGUGUUGCGCGCGUACGGUCCAAGGAAAAAAAGCGGGAUUUCAACCAAACUAAACCAGGUUUUCUGUAUAUGUUUGUUUUUUUGCGAUUAUUGUUUUCAUAUUUUUAGAAAGUUACGUUGUUUUUUUUGUCAUUUAGAUAACUACGAAUACUUUAAGAGUCACUUGAAAUGCUUUUAAACCAUGAAUGCUCUUAACGCACUCUUGAACACGUUGCUCGUAAGUUAGUGCAGUGAUCUUGACAGCAAAAUUUGCGUUAUUUGAAGAUCUGUAUCGCUGAAAACUUCUUACUCAAAAAUUUGGACUAUAUGUCUGUCUUAAUUGUUUCACGCUUCUAGCGUAAUCUUGGAAUCUCUUUCUCUAAGAGAAAAUGUUGCUAUUUAUAAAACGGAGGCAGUGUUUCUGCGUCAUUGAGAAUAUUGAACGUGGUCUUGAUAAAACGUUUUAAAUAAACAAAUGUAAUUGCAUUCAGUUUAUGAGUAAUGGUUGAUAAAGGACUAGACAUUUCUUUAUCUCAUCACUUGACUUGAAGUCUCGUUGACAUAAUUGCUAUUUUCAUAGUGAAUAUUUUAAUAAGCUUGAUUGUUAAGAGAUCCACGAUGGUGAUGACGCCGGCUUGUCGUGUACGUGUGGACGGACGAAAACGGAGGUUUUCGAAACCGUGGAUUUCAUACGUUAUAUGCCAUAAGAAUUACGCAUGCUCUGUAAGGGAUGUUAUCGUUUUUUCAGCGUUUUUGCGUUUUCAUGUGGACGGACGAAAGCGAUUCAAAUACCCUACGUCUAAAUGCGUAUUUUUUGAAAACAGAAAAAAUCUCCGUUUUCAAAAAAUCCCAGGAUACGUGUUGACAGGGCCUUACUGCAUGAGAACCUUGCGAGCGGAGAACCUUCGAUCUUCCCGUCUGUGAAGAUCGAAGGUAAUGAUUUAGCGGAUGUUGUCUGAAUAUAGUACGUGAUUCGCAGUGUGCACGCUCGUGAUGUAGCGGUUGUGGUUUUGUACAACUUGACGUGAGUGGGUGAGUCGAGUCUUCGGUUGUUCAAACGUGUAAAGCGCUGUCCACGGAAUAAAUCAAGGUUAAGUUAUUAUGUAGACUAAGAAGUGAUCUCGUUGUCAUUAUAGCAAGGCAGAGGCUAACCAGCUCCCUGAAAACUUUUCAAACUUUUUUAUGACAAUCUUAAAAGCGUUUUCGGUCAUAAAAAUCCCUAUUGCAGUAAAAGGCUCCAAGUUGAUUUGUAACGUCUCUUUGUUAAUUAUAACGUCUCUUUGCUAGUUGAAUUCAUGGUUGCCACAUGUCAAGGAAUGGUCAGGGAAAAAAUUUCUUCAAGAUCAGAGAAUUUUACUUCGAGUCAGGGAAAAUUUAAGUCUUUGAAAGGAGUCAGGGAAAAGUGAAAUUACAAGAGUACAUAUUUAUUCUUUUCUCUCAAGUUUUAUUGUUUUCUAACAUUUAAAAUUCUUUUGUACAUUUUACGAGCUGAUGUAGAGUUUUCAAGGAAUUCAAUCCUUUUUGUAUGUUAUAUUAAGGAACUAUCAACUGAAUUCAUGUACACUGAACAUGACUUGCUGAAAGCAUAAAUAUAUGGGUGGAGAGGAUGCAUGGCCAUUAGGAAACAGUUGAGUCCAUUAUCAGGACAAAUUUGUGAAACUGUUAAUUCAUUUGGUCAGGGAAAUUUCACAUUCGUCAGGGAAAAGUCAGGGAAGUUCAGAAACCUCUUUUUUGUGGCAGUCAUGUUAAUCUAUUGAAGUAAAAGUCCGUGCUGAAGGUAAUAAAUUGUUGUUGUUUGUCCUCAGUGCUCAAAGCAGAGAUGAUUUGGAGAUUGCUCUUGCCCCCAAGAAAAACAAGAAAGACAAAGGCUUAUUCGCAAUUUUUAGAAGUUCAAGUGACCCAGACUUGACUAGUGAGAUGAAAAACGGAACCGUAGUUGGAAAAAAGCAUAAGGAGAAAUUUCCUAAUUCCAAACAGCUCAUGGGAAAUGGGGUGCACCAUAGAAUACCAGAGGAGGCGUUUAACGAAAAGGGGGAAAUCGAAGAAACGAAAGAGAAUAGAAGGGAAAGAAAGGAAAGGGAAAGGGGCGAGCAUAGAACAGAGAAGAGAGAUAAGUCAAGUAAGAAAGAAAGAGAUGACAAGGAUAAAUGGGAAAAGAAGGAGAGAAAGAGUGAAAAGGAAAAGGGAAAAGGAAGGGACAAGGAGAAGAAGCAUUCUCGACGCGAUGAAAAGGAAGGAAGUGAAGCCGAUUGCAGUGUCUGCCAGGAGAAAUUAAGAAAAUCUCGGGAGAAGUCUCAUUCUAAAGAAUCAAGACAUAGAGACAAAGAACACGUCCGUUCUAAGUCUGAACAUAAACGAGUUAAAGAAUACGAUAACCCGAAUAUAAAGUAUAGUGAUCAACGAUCAACUGAUGAAGAUAAGGAGUACAAGAGAAAGAGACAUCAUCAUGAUCGAGGAAAAGAGAAAGAUAAACCCAAAAAGGAGAAGCAUCCUAGUAAACACCAUGAAAGACACUAUGAUAAACAUCACAAAAGAAGAAAUGAGGAGGUAAGCAGCUACAAGCAUCCUUUCCGUUGUACCAUCGCACGGUAGAUAUAUUUUGGUCGCCACUGAUGUCACCUCACGCCACAGCUGUUGAGCUACUGCUAAAUAACGGCUGCUCAGUCACGGGAAGCUCUGGAUGUAUUCUCCUCCCUGAAGCCUUUAUCCUUGUGUCGGCGCCAAGGAUCAAGAGCUCCUGCUGGGACCAGGAUAACGCAUGCGUACAAGCGCAGUAGUUCUCAUUUUUGUAACCGUCGGUAACGGCUACUAUUUCAAAUUUCUGAGGCUGCGCAGAAAGCCAAAAGUCCGUGUUUUGCGGACUUCCUGCUUUGGCCUUAGCCAGAGCUGUCGAUCCUUGGCGCUGGUCUGGGGAGGAGAAUGCUUUGGGCGUUAAAUACACUGGUUAAUGGUCAUUUCCAUCUAAUGUCGCAUGUGAGAACUUGGAAGGCAGCGUGGCAAAUUUUAGUUCUUAUGUCCCUCUUUUGAUUGACUGACUUAUUCGUUCAAGCAAUGACGUGCUUUUCGCCAAUCUGCCACUUUAGACAGACAAGGAAACUGGGCCGAGUGAACUUUCGCAAAGACUUCUGGGACUGUUACUGGAGGAAAGUUGGCCAAUAGCUGAUUGGCGCUUCCCCAGUAACGAUCCCAGAAACAAUUGCGGGGCGCAUUUCGGCCCCAGUUCCCUUCACGUUUCUAAAGUGGCGAAUGGUAGUAGUUUAUCCUAGUUCGUGUCAAGAGAGAAAACCAAAGUUGUACUAUUACUACUACUACUAGUACUCGUACUGCUACUGCUGCUGCUGCUGCUGCUACUACUACUACCACUACCACUACCACUACCACUACCACUACCACUACCACUACCACUACCACUACCACUACCACUACCACUACCACUACCACCACCACCACCACCACCACCACCAUCACUACCACUAUCACUACUACUGCUUCUGCUGCUACUGUUGCUGCUGCUGCUCCUCCUUCUCCAACACCCUUUAAACUCAAAUAAAAAUACAUUGGUGAUAAGUAAGGUAAGAUAAGUAAGUGAGGAAAUAAUUAGAAUUUGGAGAAAACGCAAGUGAAAUUAUUCCCUAAUUUCACGAGUAAACCAUUUGAUUACCUAUUAAUAUCAUGGAUGACGAAUUACGCUCACAAUCGUAGGUUUUUUGACCUUGUCUAUCGUAUUGAGGACUCCACAUACUGCGGGUGAAAAGUUAAGGGCAUAAAUUUUGACCUAAGCUCACAUUUUUCUGAAAUUUUCAACAAAAAUACCUGUUAGAAUCAUUCUUGAUAUGCUUUUUCGGACGUUCAGGUUUUCUAAAGCGUCUUUUGAAGCCCUGGCAAUUUUAAAACCUUGACCUCAUCUUGGCACUUAGUCAAACAGAACGUUGCCAUAGCAAUUUUGUCAUUUCACUGACAUGUCAAAUUAUAAAUUAACGCUGAAAUUUCGCGCCAAAAUCAAGAGGUAAUUUUUUCACCUGUGGUAUUAAUUGAAAAAUGUAUUUUUGCUUUAAGGAGGAAUUGCGAUCCAUUCCUUGUAACCCCGAUCACUGCAGCACCUGCAAAGCGUCUCUCAGCCGACUGGAGGCUUGGCAGGAACGUUGCACGGCAGAAAUCGAAUCUGCUCGCCGCAGACUGGAACACAGACUUCAGAGACUGGAAAAGAAGCUGGAGCAUCAGCGGUCGGACGAGAGACAGUCAAGGGACAAAGAAAUUAGGGAAAAAGAGUACGAUCGCGUGGUUGAUCGCGUCACUGAUGAGUGCCGCGCAGUAAACAAAAGCGUGAAAGACUCCACUGGAGACGUGAAAGAAGAAAUCCGCGGACUUAUUAAAGGUGGCUUGAGCAAGCUCGAGCUUAGACUUGGACAAAUAUCCACAGGAUAUAAUAUACCGUUCAUGGACUUUAAAGACCGGUGCAACCCUGAGUUGGGACGGAACUGUACUGCUUCCCGGCGUGCAGUGCGGAGUAGAAGUUCUCCCCACCUGGGAAGGGCGCCUUGUGCAGACUGCGCAAGCGUCGUGGAUCAGAGAAUGGGAGUUUCUCGUAUGUAGUAGUUAUUUGUAAUUGGUUCAGAUACUAGACGCUUCUCUGAUCUGAUUUCCUAUGCAAAGAAGGGCUAGAUUGUUGGGAUCGGAAUAUCUUUGAGUGAUGAGUUGCGGAGAUAGACGCACCCACAAAUUUUGUUAUUCGUUUGCUCGCACAUUCUGCUCCAGAAUAGCCCGAGUAUCAGGCUUUCCCUGGGGGGGAUGGUAGGGGAGAAGGGAGGAGAGAGUAGCGAAAAGGGGAGACAGACUUCCUCUCUCUAGCCUGUACACAGACGUUGUUUUAUUUUUCUUUUCGUUCUAUUUUUGAUCACACGCGCUCGACGGACUUUGAAGAGAAAAUAGAGGGUCUGUGAACGGGCUAUCCUCUCUCUCUCUCUGUCUGCUCAUUUUCUCUAUUCUCAUGACCUUCAUGUUUAUUCAAGCAGUGAUAUUUUGGAGAGAAAUUAUGACUAGUAUUUGAGGGAUUUGAGGGCUGACCAAUUAUAAGCCAAAGCGUACCAUAUUAGAGGGUUUUCCUUUUAUCAUAUAACAUUUGUUACGUUUUAACCGCGGCGCCCAUGUAAUAGUGUAAUAUCCCGAUCAAAACAUGUGAUCAAGCGUUCCGGCUUCUUUGAACAGGGAAAAAGAAAACGUGAUCUCAGGUCAGCUAUAUUCCCGGCUUUUUUAUUUUUGGUUAGCGUUUAUCAAGACCAGUUGACGAAAAGGCGUGGAAGACGAUCCUUACCUUAUGGGCAUUGAUGCUUAUGACAGUGAUGUUUCGCACCGUCAUUACAAUUUCUAUUUCUAUUUUAGAUAAUAAUUGUGUUUUAUUUUUCUGGGCAGCUCUAAACACCCCGCUUAGUGUUAGCCGUUCAUUGACAAGUGGAACUGAUUCCCUCGUCAGUUCUCGCGUUAGUUCUCACGCCCUCGCAAGUGAUACAGGCUCAAUGGAAACAGUCAUAGAAGCUCGUCCUGUGUCUGAGGAAGAAGUCCUUAAAGUACCGGAAACAAUACUGGAGGCUCAGCCGGUAGUGGAAGAGAGCGUUUACAAUGUGAAGGACACUUAUGCCGCCGCGCAGGUACGGUUUUCGGAACCAGCUACCCCUCCCCUAAGUCAACAGUAACGCUUACUUCUCAGUUAGGGCAAAAUUGUGACGUAGGGGAGGGGUAGGUGGUCACUUACCCAAAAACCUCAAUUGAUCACGGUUUUCAAUUUCUUUUCGGUUAUUUCACAGCUCCUUCAGUAUCGAGCCCCGCUUUAUUGCCACAGACAGGUUUUUCUGUGCGUUAGGGGAAAGCUCUUGCAUUUUCUUUAAAUUUAACCCGCUUAUUGUUUACUUGAUGGAUUAAUACAGACACCUGUUAACCUCUGUUUUAAAGCGAGGCUAAGUGCGAAGCCGUUGAUAUUCAAAAUGAAUUUUAUUCUCAUACAUUAUCACGAGAAAGGUUUUGCACUUAGUUUCGUUUUGAAAGUGAGAGUUUUUCGAACCGAAAAUGGCCUAGUUUGACAACGGACACUUUUUUGGCCGAUUUACGGAUUAACAUAGAAAGUUAACUUUGCUAAUACGGACACUUUACAGGAAACUGUACGCUGAAUAAACUGUUGCAUGUCUGAAGGCGAAAGUAAACCUUCGGAUAAGAGCAAGUUGAUGUUCACAUAGCUGCAGUAGACGGAAUGAGUCUCGACGUCAAUUUUAGCCUGUGUGAGGCCUGUGUUUAGCCUGUGACCCUUUUUGGCAACAAAUGAGUUUUGCAGAGUACUGGUUUAGAUUAGAGAAUGCGACGAUCUGCUAAUCAUUGACGACGAUGAACUUGACGAUGAUAUGAUUACCUUUUGUUAUGAAUAUGCAGAACGAUACAUCUCUCUCCUCCGCAGAAGCCUCUUUUUGUCGCAGGGAGGCUGGGGAGAGGGAAAAAACAAAAGCGCGCAGGGGAUAAUGGGAUGGGGAAAGCUUUUCUCUCUUCCCAUCGUCCUCACCACGCUUACUACUAUUUUUACUGGGAUACCCAUGGGAGCCUCUGCGGAGGAGACUGCCAAUACAUGGAACAAUACAGUACCGAUACAAUGGAACUACCGUAUGAUUAAUUACCAACCACUGUUUUAGUAAAUAAAAAGCAUUAAUAUUGACUUAACGUUUACGUGGAUAAUGUUGUAGUUUUUGUGAAAGGUUUGAACCCAGGAGUCAUUUCUUAAGUAGGUUUAGCAUACUCGUCCGGCUGAUCGUAGUCCUGAAUACGACUGUUAAACACUCUUGGAACUAAUUUUUGUUUCAACAGGUUCAACACCAGAGACAGAUCCAAGAGGUGGAAAAGUGGUGGCGAGCAAAGGCUGAAGACGAGCAGCGUGUUUUGUACGCCAGGAUUUGUGAACUCGAGCAAAUGCUCAUGAUGACUCGGGUGGGCAGCGGCGGAGACAGCGGCUGUAUAGUAUGAAGCGCAUGCGUACUAAAUUCACAACGGAAACAAAGGAACAAUCCGGCUUCUUUUUGGUGGGAUAGGAUUGGAUUCAUCCCUGACGUAAUGUGGCGAUAAUAACGAAGUAUGUGACUUCAUUCUGCAGUGUUCGAGCCAAACAGUUAAGGGGGUUUUCAUUUAUUAUGUGCCAGGUAGGGGUAGUUGCGAAAAUUUACCGCCUGACCCUUUGAUUUCACUCAUAAUUUAUUCAACCCAUUGGGGCUUCCAAAAAAAUAUAUAAUAACCCCUUUACCGGGCUUCUCCAGAUCACCUACCCACAACUCCUACAAUUUCGCCGACCCCUAGGUCAUGAUAAAUUAAACCCACUUUUCCAUCAAAAAGGACAGUUCGUGACUUCGUUACUGACGCGACGCGGUUGGGUCUCGACUUUUUUCUUGGGUUUGAGGCUGCUAACAUGUGUUGAAUACCGAGUGAAAGAAAAAUUAUUGCAGUAUUUCUAAAACUAUUUUUGCGAACACGAUGGAGCGUGUGACAUUCGUCUUUGCAGUAGAUUCUGCACUGCUUAGGUGCUAGACAGUUGAAUAAGUUUUGCUUAAUGAAUAACAGAUGAAUAAGUUUAAGACGUUUGGCUUGCGUAACCGGACCAUGCUUUGUUAAGUACAAUUCCCUCUAAUUCCAUGGAAUGACAGUGUUUGAGGCAUGGCUACUGAAAACUACCGCGUAUCUUCGACUUUCAUGUACCCCAAAAUGCAAUUUGUUUUUCCCACAAAAUCUUGCAUAGGUUGUCUUUUCAUUUUCUCAAGGGACGAUUAUUGGUCCCAAGAGAAAUUGAAAACAGUAACAGCAUCGGGUCAAGUCUGUAGCAAUAAUGCGUCUCAAUUCUUCUUCUGUUUUCCAAGAUUAUAGAGCGCUUUUUAUUUGUAAAAAAGGAACGGUCAUUUUAGUUGGAGUGGUCUUAAAAAGUAAAGCAAGAAACACCAGAGGUAUUACACUUUCCUCGUUUUUUUCCUUCUUUUUUACCCUAAUAACGAAAAAUCACAGGACCAUUUGCUUUCUUCAG